AUGUUGGACAAGGUCGACUCGAGUUCUCUCACGUCCCUUUCCAACAUCAACCAGUACCCCAACUGGGCUGCGCAGAUGAAGUGCUAUCUCAUCAUGAUUGGUUCCUGGAGCAUCACCAACUCAACACCAACUACUCCCAGUGAUGCUGAAGCACUUAAGGAGCACAACCUUAAGAUUCAGAGGGCCCAGAGUAUUAUAAUGAUGAAGUUCCUCAAUAUUUUAGGGCGCACCGCCCAGCUUGGGGUGUAUAUAGCUGAGGCCACCGACCAGGAAUGGUCCCCGCGUAGGGCGUUGUCUUACGUGACGGAGAACCUCGAGAUGGAGGGCGUACACACUCUGGCGACGUGGCUUCAUAACCACGCGCUGGAUCCAGAGGCAAGUACGCCCGAAUGGGCGUCGCGGAUGCUAGAGUCGUAUCCGACUCGCCGCGCCAGGAUAGUGGAGGAGAGCACUACUGAACAGCAGUCGGAGCAACAAUUGCAACCACCACCACCUGAACCCGCGAACCAACAAUAUGCGCAACCGUCGGUUGCAGAGGUCGCGGACGAGUCACCGUCCUGA